AUGGCUGUUCCCACUGCGACAAUGCCGAUGCCUGGCGGGAAGGAACAAAUUCGACUCUUGGACGCUUUUGAAAAGAGUGCGGCACUGCUGGAGUUGUCGCUCCUGCUCCCUGAACUUGCCGACUCCCUUGAGGCAGACCCAGUGAUGCAGAAUCGGAACUUCUCCGUUUCUCGAACAGUCAAUUCGAUCCGAGGAGACGAGGACAACUCAUCUGCAAUGGUCAAACUUCUCCACAGCAUGGAUGAAGGUGCCAUCAAGGCCGUUGUGCGAGGCACCGUGGCGCACGACUCGUUUCUCGAGAAUGCCAAGUGGUUCAAAAUGCCUGUCAAGGCUGAAGGGAAAGUACCCGGGGUCUAUGUGAUUGGGCUGAGUCGCGACGAAUGUCAAGGAAAGUUCCUCAACAUCGUCGAGAUGGAAAAGCUGGUCGCUGGCAUCCACAAGUACAUUGAAGGGUUCAAGCUCUUGGAGACGUUGCCGCGCCCAUACAGCAAGUCUACCCCGGUUCUCCCCAGGGAGCGUGAGCUGCUGGAAUGGGUCAACAAGGUCGAUUCCACAGAAGAUGUUGCGCCUGGGAGCUUACCUGAACGAGCUCGCUUUAUUGAAAAGGCCGGCGAGGUGCCAAGCAUCGAGGCGCUCGCGUCCAUGUUCAAGGGUCGUUGCAAUCGAGCCCUGGAUCCGAUAGGAUUGGGACUUGUCGGACUAAACAAACCUCUCGGACUGACUGUGGGCGUCCUGGCAGCGCUUGAUCUACCCGUCAGCCUCACCAUCCAAGUGGCCCUGAGAGUCUGGAGACCGGACCACUUGCCUUUGGCGGAACAGCUCCUGGCCACUCUGGCUGGCAGCCUGGUGUAUCAGUCGGGCUUCAACGCUACGGAAGCCGGUGGAACUGGGUCCUCCACCAUCAAGAACGUACAAUCCCUCGUCCGAUCGCGUGCCAUCGUCAUGGCUUACACUGACGGCGAAUCUGGAUGCCACCUUGGCUGA